CCUCCACUCCCACCCUCGGUGAAAUCUGCGGGCGCCGGCAGGGGUGCUGCAACUGGAGGCGGCGGAGCAUCCGAGAGAGGCUGCAGCGGCGGAGGACCGGAGCCCAGAUCAAGGACUGAGCUCUCUGCACCAUGAACCCCACCAUCGGCAUCGCUGUUCUGCUGACAGUCUUGCAGGUGGCCCGUGGGCAGAAAGUGACCAGCCUGACUGCCUGCCUGGUGGACCAGAGCCUCCGUCUGGACUGCCGCCACGAGAACUCUACCACCUCGCCCAUCCAGUAUGAGUUCAGCAUAACCCGUGAGAAGAAGAAGCACGUGAUCUUUGGCACUAUGGGGGUGCCUGAGCACUCCUACCGCUCCCGAACCAACUUCACCAGCAAGUACAACAUCAAGGUCCUCUACUUAUCCAGCUUCACCACCAAGGAUGAGGGGACGUACACAUGUGAACUCCAGCUCUCUGGCCAAUCUUCCACCACCUCCAGCAAGAAUGUCUCUGUGCUCCGAGAUAAACUGGUCAAGUGUGAGGGCAUAAGCCUGCUGGCCCAGAACACCUCGUGGCUGUUGCUGCUUCUGCUCUCCCUGCCUCUCCUGCAGGCCAUGGACUUCAUCUCCCUGUGACUGGCCGGGCAGGACGCCACAAGGCCCAGUCCAGAGACCCUACUUCUCGGAGUUGGCUGACCACCCCCCCAACCCUCAAUUCCUCACACACCUCGGGGAGAAGCUGGGACCCCAUCCCUCACAAGGAAUCCCAGCACCGCAUGCCAUAAUCUACCCAUUCCCCCACCCCACUGCCGCUCACACCCUCUCCGCACGCCACUGGCUGUCUUUUCUUUUUGUUUUUGUUUUGUUUACUCUUUGUUCCAGGGUUGCUUCUAUCUGGUUUAUCCUUCCUUUACUUUACUUUGGGAGUUUGUGAAAAGGGAAGCCAGGUUGGGGAUGUGAUGGAGAGGGCAUGGGAGGGGUAGAAGGAUGGAGGGGUGCCAGUCCAUGGGGGUGGGGGUCAUCCUCGCCCACCAGGACCAGAGGCUUGGGAGAGACCUAGAUGAGGAGGAGGCAGAUGGGGUGCAUUUGGGCCUGGCACAUCCCCCAGCAGGCAGGGAUGGUGCCUGAAGACCCCGAGUGUGAGGGCACCGUCAAGCAUCCGGGGCCCAUCACAAGAGGAGAGGAUGAAUAGCUCCAGGAGCGCUCUCUGCAACAGCAAGAAGCCAUCCGUUUUCCACUGGCCUCGGGCCAGUGCAGCCCAGCGAAAACGCAGGUUCAGUCCGGGAGCAGUGCUAACGGAGGGUUGGAGAGGGGGUAGCAGAGAGGGUCCAUCAGCCUCUCUAACCUGAUGAAACUAGAACUGAGGGCCUGCUGUCGCUCACCUUGAGCAGCAGUUGAAGGGGCGGCGGAGGACAGGCCUCCUCCCAGCCUGGCCCAAGCUCUUAAGAGCUUCCAGAACUCUGACCUGCAGACAGUGAGUUGGGCCAGGUAGAGUCCCAGAGUGGAGCAGACAUUGGCCCAAGUGUUUGGGAGGCUCUUCCUUCCCUCCCCUAUCAGUGCCAGCCCCUCCCUGCUGGCCGGUGGCCAAGCCUCGAGACAGUCCUCUGCCCCACAGGCCUGCCCUCUCGGGGACCUGGCGGGGGGAGGGGGUCUGAGGCAGCCCGUGCAGUGAGACCCGUGAGUGGGACAUGCCUCCACACAUGGCUUUUCCCAACACCCAGCUCCCCAGCCGGCCGCUGAGCCCUGUCCUGUGACUGUGUGUCGUGCCCACAGCUUAUGGUAACUCAUUGAGGAAAAAGAAAACUGUACAAUAAAACCACGCCUCCAGAAUCUG